AUGGUAUCAGGAUCUGAUGUAGACCCACUUCCUCACUGGAUAUGCUCCCUCGAAGACGAAUUGGGAUCACUUAUCUGGGUCACACUCAGAGACGAUACGUUCUAUGUGGGUUUAUUUAAAAGCUUUGAUCAAUUCGGAAACAUUGUCAUAACUGAUGCAGUAAAAAAAAUUGUCAUCAGUAGUAAGAGAUCAUUCUCAGAUAUAUAUUGUGGCUACACCGUAAUACGCGGAGAAAGCAUAUCUUAUUUCUGUUCGAUCGAUGCUAUAGCAUAUCUAAACUUGUUCAACUACGACUCCUUUGUAGACACCGGCUGGGUCAGCAGACUGUAUAAAAUUGCAAAUAUAAGGAGAGUAAAGGCAACUGUAAACAAAUUUGACCUGUACCUAAACUAUUUGCCAAUCGAAGACGCGCUGAUGUUAGAGAAGGAGGAAAACAAGGCAAAGGGAGUCACAAAGUUGUCCAUAGAAGACAUAAUCGCGAACGAAUGA